AUGGCAUCCAAGUUGCUGCAGCUGAAAUCAAAGGCCUGUGAAGCAUCCAGGUUUGUGUCUAAGCACGGCACAACGUACUACAAAGAGUUGCUGGAGAAGAACAAGAAGUAUAUCCAGGAGCCAGCCACUGUAGAGAAAUGCAACGAGUUGUCUAAGCAGCUUCUCUACACUCGUCUUGCUAGCAUUCCUGGACGUUCUGAGUCGUUCUGGAAGGAAGUCGAUCACGUGAAGGGCUUGUGGAAGAAUCGGGCAGAUUUGAAGGUUGAAGAUGCUGGAAUCGCAGCACUUUUUGGACUGGAAUGCUUCGCUUGGUACUGCGCAGGUGAGAUCGUUGGAAGAGGCUUCACUUUCACCGGCUACUACCCUUGA